AUGCUUGGUUUCGCACGGAUUAUAAGGGCUUCCAUGCAGAGAGCAGCCCGCGAAGAUUUGAUAGAAUCAGCGAGAAAGCAGGGAAUUUUUUCUUCUCAAAAGCCGCGAUUCAAUAACGAUCAGGCAAACUCGCCAGAUGCUUCAAAGGAAAUAGAAAUUCUGGACUUUGAGAUGUGGCAACUAGAGGGACUCCAUACCCGAUUUGGCGAUCAACAUAGCCGAGUCUUAGGUUGCUUGAAUCUUUUGUGA